GGAUCCUGCCAAAUUCCACACUCAUUCCUUAGUUCAUGCUGACCGGAAGCUCGGAAGAACUCUAUAAGCAGAUAUAUCGGAAGCGGCCGGAUUAUUUGAUUCCAGGCCUUCGCUCCUUUAUUCAUACUCUCGCUGACUCGCAAGGCUCGGCCCCCGUUCCCUUUUGACUAGCCUGUGUCUCAAACCAUAUCAUUGGCUACUCCCGACUGCACCCUGACCACCGGCAUUUUCGGUGUCUGGAUAUGUCCCUUCCCUUUCUCACGUAUAAUGCUCGACAUGCAAGUCCCUGGUAAGAUCUACGGCCGCCCUUCGACCGCAUGUGAUUUCUCGCGUUCUUUAUCAGUCUUUACGAACUGAAGAAUCUCUCCUGACGCUUUGAUACGACAUCACAGUGCGCCUCUCGCGCUUCCCUCCCUCCCUCUCUCCCACCACCAUGCCUGUGCGGACCAGGGCCAAAGCUUCAAGCCCCGACGUCAAGUUGGCGCCGCUGCCGACCGAGGUGCAGCGUGAGAUUAUGCGCCUUGCAGGAGUCAUCGAGCCGGGGUGUAUGCCCAAGAUGAUGCUCGCUUCGAAGAAAGUGCGAGACUGGUACGUGUCCCCCACCCUCGCCGACACCCCCCACCGAUUCAUCUCGACCCGAGGGUCGAACCUUGGAUCUACCGUGUGCUUCGAAUCGACUCUGUUUCCCCCGAAAGCCUAUUAUUUCAAGAGCUUCUGGAUGGGAAAAAGCGCAACAAGACAACGACAGCCGAGCGCUCGUGGACGCCAUUUCGCGUGCACACCUUACAGAUAGCUUUCAUAGGCCAGAUUCGACCCGACCUCGUCGAGAAGGUCCUGUCGAUCUGCGUCGCGGCGACAGACACCGCGUUCUUCGACCUCCCCUUCUCGCUGAACCCGACCAUCACCCCCCUGCUCGAGUCCCGCCCCCUGCGCCGGCUGACGGUGCAGUUCAAGGACCUGUUCCCAUCGGACCAAUCGCUUCGCGUCGAUUUUACGCAGCCGCUGUUCGCGUCGAUCACGCACAUGAACAUGCUCGACGCGUUCGCGACGGGCUACCAGAACUGCGAACGGAUCGGACGGAUGCCGGCGCUGACGCACAUCGCCUUCCGCGAGCAGGCGGGCUCGAACAACUUCUGCCGCAUCCUCUUGGCCGACUGCCCGCUGCUGCAGAUGCUCGUGAUCAUUUCCUCGGAGGAGUCGCUGUCGAUGUAUUACAAGGACGCGCGGGCCCCGUUCACUGAGGAUAAACGGCUGGUGCAACUGGUGCUGAAAGACCCUGCAGAUGAUUGGGUGCGGGGAACCCUGGGGGAGGAUGACGUCUGGACACGAGCUGCUGCGAUCAUACGUCAAAGAUGAUGAUGCGCGUGGGAUCGAGAUUGGAAUACACCCCCACAAGUACCGACUUACUUACCAUGAUGAGCUAGCGAAGACAUUCGAGAUGAUAUAAGAAUCUGCGCAAGCAGGGCUGCACUGACUUGAGUCGAUCCAAGCACCACGCAUUCACCUCGCGACUUACGGCUGCGUUGAAGGUCGUGAGUAACAGAAGCUUCA